AUGCCAACCGGGACGGAACGCCGUGCACCGUUGUUGAAUCCGAUUCGAUUUUUCAGUCUGAAAGCAAUCGUCGAAUCAAAUGGUACCGCUUCGAUUUGCUGCGAGCUGCUGUUGUUCUAAUUCCAGUAGGUGUACAACGAAGAGAACCGUCCUGGUCCAGUUGUUCCAGGGACACGGAAGAUGGUUCAGUUCGACUGGCGGCGGAUGUUGUGCCGCAAGAAGAGGAACAUUCCUCAGGGCGGUGCUAUCCUGGAUCAAGUGAUUUCCCAGUCGGCCAAUGCCUCCAAUCAGUGUCUGCUGUACAAGAUGGCCAACUACAAGCACGGUGGCGAUCUGAUCGAUGCGUUCCAGGUCGGCGGUCAGAAGGCCGUCGAGCAACUGAUCCGGGAGCAGUUCGGGGUGUUCAUGUACCAUAGUGGCCGCGGGCAGAUCAUCAAUCGGGCCGAGUAUCUGCGCUGGAAGUACAUGGAUAAUCACGAGGUCGUCAUUCCGAUUGAGGCUUCCCUGUCGCCGCAUGACCCACUGGGAAAAUGGGUCGAUCACAAAGCCUGCUGGCAGAUGCAGUACCGUGGAUUGCUCGGCGAGAGCCUGCUGCAUGUGUUGAUCAUCUGCGAUACGAAAAUUCACACCAAGUUGGCCCGUAUCCUGCUGCGCGUGUUUCCGGAGCUGUCGAUCGACGUGAUGGAAGGCGAGGAGUACCUGGGCGCUAGUGCACUCCACCUGGCGAUCGCGUACAGCAACAACGAGUUGGUGGGCGAUCUGAUCGAUGCCGGAGCGGACGUGUCCCAGCGUGCCAUCGGACGGUUCUUCCUUCCACGGGAUCAGCAGGGGUUGAAACCGGCCAAGAAUACCGACUACGAAGGGCUGGCCUACCUGGGCGAGUACCCGCUAGCGUGGGCUGCCUGCUGCGCCAAUGAAUCGGUCUAUAACCUACUGUUGGAAUGCGGGGCGGAUCCGAAUGCUCAGGACAGCUUCGGAAACAUGAUUCUACACAUGGUGGUCGUAGGCGAUAAGCUGGAUAUGUUCGGGUACGCUUUGCGGCAUCCAAAGCUGCCUUGCAAAAACGGGAUCGUAAAUGAAUCUGGACUCACUCCGUUGACCUUGGCCUGUCGACUAGGUCGUGACGAAGUGUUCCGUGAGAUGUUGGAGCUUUCGGCGAGGGAAUUCUGGCGAUACAGUAACAUCACCUGUUCCGGCUAUCCGUUGAAUGCCUUGGACACGCUGAUGCCGGACGGAUCUACCAACUGGAACUCGGCGCUGUUCAUCAUCCUCAACGGAACCAAGGAGGAGCAUCUGAACAUGCUGGACGGCGGCAUUGUGGAGCGUUUGCUGGACGAGAAGUGGAAAACGUUCGCCAGGAACCAGUUCUUGAAGCGACUACUAAUCCUCGCCCUGCAUCUGUUCUGUUUGUCCUGCUCGGUGUACCUGCGACCGGUGCGGGUAUUCAAGGACGCAAGCAAUGACACACCGGGUAAAGCGGAUUCAUCAGUGACGGCUGCGCCGGAUGGUGUCUACGGCGAGGAUGAGGGAAUCGAUUUGACGACCUGGUUCCGGUAUGGCUUCGAGAUAGCCACCGUUAUGGGAGUGCUGAGCUACGUUGUGCUGCAACAGGGCGACGAGAUCAAGAACCAGGGACUGGUUUCGUUCAUCAAGUCGCUUGGUCAUACACCAGCGAAGGCGAUAUUCUUGAUUUCCAAUCUGAUGAUCCUGGCGUGCAUUCCGUUCCGUAUGAUGGGCGACGUCGAACACGAAGAGGCGAUCCUGCUGUUUGCCGUUCCGGGUAGUUGGUUCCUGCUGAUGUUCUUUGCUGGCGCCAUCGGGUUGACGGGUCCGUUCGUAACGAUGAUCUUCUCCAUGAUCACCGGUGACAUGUUCACCUUCGGUAUCAUCUACAUGAUCGUGCUGUUUGGAUUCUCGCAGGCUUUCUACUUCCUGUACAAGGGUCAUCCAGAGGCGGAAGAUUCCCCGUUCGGCAGUUACUUCGGCACCUGGAUGGGGCUGUUCCAAACCACCCUCGGUGAUUACGAUUAUGCCGAUUUGAACCUGACGACCUAUCCGAAUCUGGCGAAAACCGUCUUCAUCAUCUUCAUGAUCUUCGUGCCGAUCCUGUUGCUCAACAUGUUGAUCGCCAUGAUGGGUAAUACCUAUGCGUACGUCAUCGAGCAAGCCGAAAAGGAAGGUAUGAAGCAGUGGGCUAAGAUUGUGGUCAAUCUGGAGCGGGCCGUCAAGCAGGAAGACGCUAAAAAGUACCUGGAGGAAUACUCAAUUGGACUGGGACCGUCCGAUGAUCCCAGGUACGAAAUUCGUGGCGUCAUGGUCAUCAAGAGCAAGAGCAAGACCCGUGCUAGACAACGGAAGGGAGCGGUAAGUAACUGGAAGAGCGUUUUGCGUGUGACGUUAAACGAGCUGAAGAAACGUGGCAUGACGGGUGAGGAACUGCGUAGGAUCAUGUGGGGAAGAUCGUCGAUCACUUCGCCGGCCAAGGUCGCCAAAAAGAAAAAGGGUUACGAAGACGAGGACCCGUUCGCGAUCACGGCUGCAAUCGACGUUAUGUCCUUCACGCAGGACAUCGUCAUGGUGAGUACUGAACCAACUUCGAUGGGACCACCAACGAUUGAUCCAAACAAACCGGCUACCGUCAGACCGCAAACCGUUCCGGAGAUUCCUCCUCAACCGCCCCUGAUCAAACGGCAAUCCGUGGUCAGCGCUCCGCCGGCCUACGACGAUUUUCCCCCGAUGAAGGACUACAAGGAUCCCCUGCGGGAGCUGGUCAUCAUCUCGGAAUCGACCACGGUGGACGAUACCUACGUACAGAAUUGCAAAACCCUGGCGAUUGAUGCGUCCACCUUGGACCACGUGCACGAGAUUAAUUUGGCCAAGCAGAGCCAGCUCCGGCAGGAGGAACAUAAGCAACAGGAACAGCAGACCUUGGGUCAGUUGAAUCCCUUCCUGGAAGCAAAGGACAUUGUCGAUCCGGUGAAGGAACGCGAGUUCCUCAAAACACUGGAAGCGCUGGAGGAUACCGAUAGCGAAGCGGCUGAAAAGCCAGUCCUUGGAAAGAUUUCGUUAAUACGACGCGCCAAGUCGGCCGUCUCGAGAACCACCUCCAGGAAGAAGAAAACCGACCAGCAUCCGCUGUUUAUGAUCGCUUGGGACGACAAGAAUCUGACCCGGACCCAACCGGAGGACUUUGGGGCGCUGAACACGGCCUACGAGUACUGCACCGAAGAUCUGCAACACGACGUCGACGAGGAAGCGAAGGAAGACGAAGAAGAGGGCGUGACGGUCGAGGAGGUGCACCGCCGGAUGGAACAGUUCCACCAGCGAAGUCGGGCUUCCCUCGAGCGGGACAGCAUUUCGACCGAGGGUAGCAAGAAGCCACACAAGAAGCGCCACGGAAUGGGACGGAACCGGAACAACAAGGUCUCGCCGGAUACGUCGAACGAAAGCGUCUCCGGAAAGAAGGACAAACGGAUGCAAUCGGCUCCGACGAGCAGCGAUCGCAGACCGCGCCAUCGGCAGCUGAUGGAUCAGGAAACGGGCGGCACUUCACCGCCGGAUCCGCUGGAACCCUGGAGCACCAAGGAUAUUUGCAACAUUAAUAAACUGUUGGACACCGACACCCAAGAGGAGUGAAUAGGGGUUUGAUU